AGUAUAUUUUACUAGCCCAAGGUGAUUUCAGCGGUACUCUGCCAUAGUAACCGUAAACAACAACGAGCUCUGCUAGACGGACGGGAAGCUUUCCUGAGACGUUUAAUUCAUUUAAAUCGAAGACGUAAUUGAAAAACAAACAAAAAAUCUGACCAUGAUUCCUCCUACUGAGUCUUUGUUGAAGUAUGACAACCCGGAGCUGGUGAGCAAGAACACCGAGAAGAAAUCACCAAAGUUUCAACCUAAGGCUCGGUCUCUGAAGGCGAGUCCCCAGCAGCCUGCCCUCUCUGGUCCAGUUCCACCUCCACCCAAACCCAAAAGCCCUUCAUCUGAUGCCAUUAAACAGCAAACAGAGGAGAUUCUUAAUGCCAUCCUACCACCACGGGAAUGGAUGGAGAAUAAUCAGCUGUGGGUACAGCAGGUGUCCAGCACGCCAUGUACCCGGUCAGACGUCAUUCAUCUGCAAGAGGAACUGGAUCUCAAACUGCAGCAGAGACAGGCCAGAGACACGGGCAUUUGCCCUGUCCGUAGAGAGCUCUACACACAGUGCUUUGAUGAGCUCAUCAGACAAGUGACCAUCAACUGUGCUGAGAGAGGAGUGCUGCUUUUACGAGUGAGAGAUGAGAUUCGCAUGACCAUCGCUGCCUAUCAGACCCUGUAUGAGAGCAGUGUGGCCUUCGGCAUGAGGAAAGCUCUGCAGGCUGAGCAAGAUAAGUCAGACACUGAGAAGAAGAUUGCAGACUUGGAGAAUGAGAAGAGGGACCUGGAAAGACAGGUGAAUGAACAGAAGGCUAAGUGUGAAGCAAUUGAGAGAAGAGAAAAUGAACGGCGACAGGUUGAAGAGAAGAAGCACACUGAGGAGAUCCAGUUUCUCAACCGCACCAACCAGCAACUGAAGACCCAGCUGGAUGCAAUCAUUGCCCCAAAGAAAUAAUAAUAAAAAAAAAGUGCUAUGCAUCAGAUUAUUUCUAAAUAAAUGCAGACUUCAACUGAUAAUAUAUUUCAAUAUAACAACAUUUUGCCAUGUCAACUUUAUUGAUGAGUUCUCCUGUGAUGGAGAUUUUCAGAAUUGUGGAACAAGGACAUCAUAAAACAAGGAAAUUAUUAAACUGAAUAGGUUGUCAUUUACAGUUCUGGGGUUUAGAGUGAAACCACAUCAUUGUUUUGUGGAUGGAUGGUGCAUUGAAUAAAGUGCAUUUAAGAAGUUCUGAUUCAAUUCCAGAUCCUCCUUUUAUACAUCUCCAUCUCUCACAUCCCCUGUUCCAAACCAGACAAGUCCAUGGAAAUACAGCUGUGACCAAGCAAAUUGGUUUAUCGCUUAGCUCUUUUGCAUUUAUUGCCUUCAGUGG